AUGAUCCAUUACGCGGGUGUCACUGCCUACAACGAGGUUCAAUCAGAUACGCCGGUUGCCGUGGACAACGGGGGAAGCGGCGGUACCGGGCUGACGACUUUUCUGGAGAGGCGGGUGGUGGUUGCCAUCAGGGAGGUGACACGGCGCGAUCUGCAUGAGGGUGGCCCGGCAUCGCGGGAAGGGACAGACCGCAUCUUCCGCGGCCGCCGCUCGCCUUGCGGCCCCUCCGCUCGUCCGGGAGGCAGCCCCGAACCACCGGCACAUCCUCAGGGAGAGGAACGUCUUCCCUUACAGGCGGCCCCGCGGAUGUGCACACACCCUCCCAUCUGGGAUGCGGGCCGGGAGCGCAGCACAGCGCCCCACGUCCCUCCCGCAGCCCCGCGGUGGAAAUCAAUGAACGUUUGUUCCGUGCGGAGCGACCCUCUUGCGAGCGGUGCCCUGUUAUUAGUGGGGAAAGGGGGAGAGAAGAAAGGCUCUCUGCGGACUCCUGCGCACGUCCUCGCCUCCGGCGGAGCUGCUCCCAGGUGCCGGAGAGGGGGCAACGGGGGCCGGGCUGGCUGUCAGCGCCGCCGGGAAGAGCCGAGCGAGCAGCCUUUGGGAACGGCCGUGCUCCAGGUGGGGCAUGCCAAGGAACAGGGGACGAUGCCUCUCCACGCCCGCGGGAGGAGCGAUGCCAGGGCCCUCCCAGCCGGUGCCACGGUGCGUGACACGCCAGCCCCGUGCCUCUCCGGGGUGAGAAACUUCCUGGCUGCUAGCGACGGGUGGCUGCGCCGCUGCAACGCAUCUUUCGGUCCCGAGAUUCCCCCCCCCCCCGCCCAGCGCUUGGUGCGGAGAGACGCACUCGCGGCUCCCAGCACAGAGAAGCGUACGGGCCGUGCGGGGGUCGCCGGGCUCGACUCGGCCCCGACCAGCGAAGUUCGGGAGACAGAGCCAGCCUCUGCUCUAAAGCGGAGGAGGAGAGUCAUUGCUCCCUCGCAGCGCUGCUUCCGUGCCGCCUCCAUGCGGAGCCCGCCGGCAGCCCCCGCCCCUCCGGGGGUGAGCCCAGUGGCGGGGCAGCGCCCGCCAGCCCGUGUUCGGGAGCGGGCGAGGACGAGCGGAUCCGAGACCCGGACACGGCCGGGGCUACGCGGCUACUCGCCGUUCCCUCUCCCCUCCCUGCCAGAGCAAGCAGGAUCGGCACACGCGCGCCGCCUCCCUCGCAGCGCGCUCCCGCUCCCCACGCACAUCGUCUCGCAGGCACUCGCCGCCUCAGACUUCCACACACGCGGAGCCGCCCGCCGUCCCCGGCUGCUCUCCGGGCUCGUCACCACCCGCACACGCCCGACCCUCCCCCCGCUCCACACCCCCGCACACACACACGGGGCCCCCGCCGCUUACGGCCGCUGGGAGCGGUCCCAGCGCCGCGCCCGGGCGGCCGCGUGUGUGCGCUUGCGGGAAACCCGAGGACCUUCCCUGCGGCCUCUUUGGCAGCGCUCCGCCGCCACCGCCGGGCCAGCUGCGCGGCCCCGGCUGAUGCUGCGGCCCGGCCCCCGGGCGGGUGGCCCCGGCGGAGGCAGCGCCGUGCGCUCGGCGGCUGCGAUGUGCGUGCUGCCAGAGCCAGCCGGGGAAAGGCCAACGGCGCCCGAGGCGCGGGCAGAGGUAGCGGCUGAUGUCUUGGCAGGUCCAAGAGCGAUUUGGCCGCCACAGCCGGGAGGCCGGCCCGGAUUAUUCAUCAUGGGCGGACGAACACAAUCCCUCCCCCCAUCCCUGUCAGCCCUGGAUAUUUUGUCCCGGCCGUACAAACAAUAUUCAACUUGUAUCCUCUUCCUUGGAGGCACCGGGAAGCCGGCGGCUGCCAGGAACAGGCUCCCGUGCAGCGCACGGCAGCGGGAUCCUGUUUCCCUCGCAGCCGGCGGAGAGCGGCGGUCCCGCGGGAAGCGGGCGCUUUCCGCCCCCGCCCGGCGCACGGCCGCGGCCCCCGGGCCCUGCCAGGCGUCCCCUGAGGGGCUUGGCCACCGCCCGGCUCCGGCCCGCGGGCGGGGGCCCCCGGCGUGCAGCCGCUGCUUUGCAAACCGCACGAUCGCAGCCCGAGGAGGGCGGCGCGGCGCUGGCAGCCGGCGCUGCCUGCCCGUGCCAAGCCGCGGGCACAGCGGGGCUCGGCGGCCCCGAGCGCUCCGCUCGCCAGCCAAAGCCGAAAUGAAAGCCAGCUCCGCAAACGCCCCCGGGCUCUGCCUGGCGCCGGUUUCCCCUUUUCUUCCCCGCAGCCUCUCUCCAGUGGGAGCAGCCAGAGGCGUGGGGGGGUCCCGGGGAGCCGAGCUGUCCCUGGGCCCCCCUGUCGAUCCCUAUCCCCGCGCGGACUCGGAGCCCAGCCGAGCUUCCCUCGCCCUCUGUUGGAAGCCUCCACGCGGUGCGCGGCCGUGGCGCCGGCGAGGUCCCCCGCACCCCCCUAAAUCCGACCGAGGGGACGCAGGAAACGUCGCCUCCGAGCUCAGCGGCGAGCAGCGGGGGCGGCACAGCCUGAGCGGGGCCCGGAGGGACGGGGACCCGAGGGUCAAUGCGGGGAUAGUCCCGGGAGGGCGAGCGCAGCCCGCGGGAGACGAGGGUCGCGGGCAGACUCCUCGGAAGGGCACGCCUGUGGCUGAGCGCCGCUUCGCGCAGCUAUUUCGGCAGCUUUUCCUUCUGCUGCUGCGGCUGCUGGGGAACCACUUUUCCCCGUCACAAGCAUGCCCUGCGGCGAGGGGAUCCAAGCACAAUAAAACAUCACCCGCGCUGGCGCCGGGAGAAAGCCCAGGCGCUGACCCUUCGCUCCGCUCAGAAACCCCCAGGGCAGGACUUGAUGCCGCGUCCGCCAUCCCCUUUGCACGGCACUCCCCCGCUCCUCCUUCGCGGGGGGAUAACGGCGGGGAAAGCCUCUCUCCCGGCAGCCGUGGCCCGCCGGCAGGGCUGCGAACCGCGCGGAGCCGGGAGCGAGCUGAGCCCUGCGGAGCGCCGGGCGCGGGUACCGCGGUGCGCAGGGACGGCUCAUCCCGCUCCCCGCCGGGCCCCGAGAGCGGCGGCCGGGGAAAAUCGUGCGGCGGGCAUCCAUCACCUUCCUCUGCCGUCUCCCGCGGGCAGCCCUCGGCUGCUGUUUAUUUUGUUAUCAAAUCAAUUAAGCUGCCGCUCUCGUAUAAAACGGGGGCGGAAAGGGAGGGAGGAGGGGGUUUGGAGUAA